AUGAUAAAUUUCGUCGCAGGCAGAAAUGAGGAAACGCAAAGUGACACGCUGAUAAAACUCAGUCCAGCGAUGGACGACUACACUAGGAGAACUAGAUCAUUUUGUACUGAUGAUGUUGUUGUUGAUGAUGAUGCUGAUGAUGAUGAUGAUGAUGAUGAUGAUGAUGAUGAUGAUGAUGAUUCGGAUGAUGAUGAUGAUGAUGAUCGAGUUUGA